CAUCUCCAUCCAGUCUUCCCAAAGUGCCUUUGGGAAGCGUGUCUUGCAAGCUGAAUGAACCAGUGAAGAGGAUCGACUGCAGGCAGCUCAACCCAUCCAGGCUGCCCAGAGCAAACAGAAAAACAAUAGCAAUGAUGCCAUUAACUUUCUUACGCAGUCUACAGCAUCUCCAUUUAUAUCCUGCCAUGAAGAUUUGUAAAUUACGGACUCUAAAAUCGUUGUGGACUCUGAAACCUCCUUGUAGGACUUUCCAUAGGCAUCCCAGGCUGCUUGUCUCUGAUGUGCACUCUCAGUACGAAUCUGUCAGGCGUGGUGAACAGGAAAUACCAAAGUACUUUAACUUUGCAAGUGAUGUAGUGGACAAAUGGGCUGAGAUUGAAAAGGCUGGAAAAAGACCAACAAACUCUGCUUUUUGGUGGGUAAGUGGUAGUGGAGAAGAAGUAAAAUGGAGCUUUGAGGAGCUGGGAUUCCUUUCUCGGAAAGUGGCCAACAUGUUGACCAAAGUAUGUGGACUGCAAAAAGGGGACAGAGUCAUUGUGGUUCUGCCACGAAUCCCGGAGUGGUGGCUGGUGAAUAUGGCUUGCAUUCGAGCAGGAAUUGUCUUAAUUCCAGGAACAUCCCAAUUAUCAGCCAAAGACAUAUUAUAUCGACUCCAGGCUUCAAAGGCCAAGUGCAUCAUCACCACCGACACACUGGCUCCUGCAAUAGACUCAGUUGCAUCUGAGUGCCAGUAUCUUAAAAACAAGCUGAUGGUGUCCAAAGACAGUAGGGAGGGAUGGCUGAACUUCAAUGAACUGUACAAAACCCAGCCUGCUGAACAUUCCUGUGUCAAAACAAGGAUUCAAGAUUCGAUGAUUAUCUACUUUACCAGUGGAACCACAGGUUCUCCAAAGAUGACUGAACAUUCCCAGGGCAGCCUUGGUUUUAGACCCCUGUUAUAUGAAAGGUCCUCCUUGUAUGCAACUCCGUCAGACACAGUGUGGAGCGUUACAGACACAGGCUGGAUAGUAACUUCAGUGAUAUCUGUAUUUGAUGCCUGGGCUUUGGGAUCGUGUGUUUUUGUCCACCAGCUCCCACAGAUUGAACCAUCAGUUAUCCUAAACACUCUCUGCAGAUUCCCCAUCGACAUCAUGAUUAGUGCUCCCACUAUGUACCGCAUGCUGGUGCAAACUGAUCUCUCCAGUUACAAAUUCAGGAACCUGAAGUACUGCAUGAGCGGAGGGGAGGCGCUGAACCCAGAAAUCUUUGACCAGUGGAAAAACAAGACAGGGCUGGACAUCAAUGAAGUAUAUGGCCAAACCGAAGCGGGAAUAAUCUGCUCUGUUUCUAAAGGAAUGAAGAUCAAACGCGGAUCAAUGGGAAAGGCCACUCCCCCAUUUGAUGUUCAGGUUGUAGACAAAGAUAAUAAUAUUCUGCCUCCUGGACAACAGGGGGAUAUUGCUAUCAGAAGCAAACCCAUAAGACCACUUGGUUUAUUCACUGAAUAUGUAGAUAACCCUAAGAAAACUACAGAAAGCGAGCGUGGGGAUUUUUACAUCACAGGGGACAAAGGGAUUAUGGAUGAAGACGGAUAUUUUUGGUUUAUUGGAAGAGACGACGAUAUCAUCAUUUCUUCAGGGUAUCGCAUUGGGCCAUUUGAGGUAGAGAGUGUUCUGUUAGAACACCCAGCAGUAGCAGAAACAGCUGUUGUCAGCAGUCCAGAUCAACUCAGAGGAGAGGUAGUGAAAGCAUUUGUGGUCCUGUCUGAUGCCUUUUCAUCCAGUGAUUAUGAAAGCUUAACCCGCGACUUGCAGGAGCAUGUCAAGAAAACUACUGCUCCGUACAAAUAUCCCAGGAAGGUGGAAUUUGUCCGGGAGCUUCCAAAGACAGUCACCGGGAAGAUAAAGAGGAAUGAAUUAAGAGCCAAAGAGUGGGGACAGGUGUAGCACUGUGUGGAAUUUAACAGACCUCCUGUUGUUCCAUUAAUGCUAUAUUUCUCUGUUAAAAUCUGCCUGGUCUGCUUUUGUUAAAUGCCUGAGGAUCAAAACUUGUACAUAAUGCCAAAGAGUGAUGUUUGCAUCUGUUUGCAAAAACUUCUAAUGUCAGCACUACAGGUUCAGGUCCUGAUGCACUGCUGGGAGAACAAACUAAUUAUACAAUUCCAUUCUAGUUCUUACUAUCCAAAAGUUCACCAGAACUUAGCUGGUGACCCAUCUCUUAUAAAUAACAUCCAAGAUCACGAAAGGACUGUGAUAGGAGGAAGUUUUUCACUCAGAGGGUGGUGAGGCACUGGCACAGGUUGCCCAAGGAGGCUGUGGAUGCCCCAUCUCUGGAAGCAUUCAAGGCCAGGCUGGAUGUGGCUCUGGGCAGCCUGGGCUGCUGGUUGGCAACCUGCACACAGCAGGGGGUUGGAACUGGAUGAUCAUUGUGGUCUUUUUCAACCCAGGCCAUUCUAGGAUUCUAUGAUUCUAUUAUGCAGAUGGUUUAGCUCCAAGCUGUAGAAAGAGACAGGUGUGCAUUUCAGUUACUUACAUACACUGUCCUUAAAUGCAGCAUGCUUUAAACUGAAUGCAGCCCUUCUAACAUUUACUGAAGAUGGAAAGACUCCUCUGCUGAUACCAAAAGAUCUUCCUGAACCUAUGUUCAUAUGUUAUGUAUUGAUGACAAGUAUUGCCAGCCUCUACCAUGCUUUAUCCACAAAUGUCAUUUAAUACAGAGAGUGGCUUCGUUGCUCAUCCUCUGUUCUGAUCUUCACACACAAGAUGCAAAACUCCUGUACCACUUCUGAUGCUCUUUAAAAUAAAGUUUGCUGUUUGGCAAGUGACCCAA